GCUCAGUCAAAAGGCCCUGGACCACGAGCAGGUCACUGCAUUGUCGAGCAUGGGAACGUGCUUUAUUUCUUAGGAGGCACGCCUCCAAUGUCUUCUAGCUAUGCGACCUUUACAUCCCUAAAACUGCCUUUCAGCACUAAUGUGAAUCCAGAAACCCUCCCUUGGCUCGACCUACCCAGUCCUCCUGUGUCCAUCCAAAUCAAUAAUUUGACAAUGACCUUCUCCAGAGACACACCCACAGCCACACCUGCAUGGACUGACUGCUUUGCAACGGAUGACGGCCGUAUAGUCGUCGUCGGUGGCAGUUCCCAAAUAUUGGUCUAUAAUAUCGCUAGCUCCACAUGGGGUGAUACAACCACACCCGGUACAACCCUCAAAUUUGGUCCGAACGUCCCUUCCAAUGUGUUCUUGAAUCCAGUUUAUAUCCAAUCCAGGAUCUUAGCAGACGGAUUUACGGCUCUAGUGAUGUGUACGCUGACCUGGAACAGUCAGCCUCAACCAUAUUACCUUAACACCAACACUUGGACCAUCACAUUGGCCAUUGGAACCCCUCAGACAACGCCUCCGGGCUCAUCUACCUCAUCCAGUGGAUGGGGCCCCGUCCCAGGCAAUGGAGUAACAACCAUCUUACCUCCUCCUGGGUUCCGCCACUAUACCCUGGCGAUUCUUGGACAGGACAAGGAUGCAGAAGAAGAUCAUUACGGAAAUGGACGUGCUCUUAUUUUAGGCGGAUACUCCACUCUGGUCACUGGACAAAUCCAGGAUUGGGACGCAGUGACCUCUUUUCCAGUUCAGCAGGCUCCUUCGAACACAAUCGUCAUGUUUGGAAACUCACGGACGCUUUCCAAGCCAACCAGAGGGUCGGUUGCUUAUGCGGUUUCUCGUACUGCCUUGAGUAUCUUUCCCGGAAAUUCUGGUGGCUCUGGCGACACCCAGCAACAGCGGGUGGAAAUUUAUGAUGCUGAUAAGAACUCUGUGUCAACUCUUUCGGGAAUCCCAAAUGGCGAUAGUGGGCCUAGGAACACCAAUUUCCGUGGUGCAGUCAGGAUUGGACAGGGCGACCAAGUCUUUCUCCAUGGCGGAGUCACUACUUUGGACUAUAGUCCCAGCUCUCCCCUCGACAACUUCCUUGACCAAUCGAUCCAUGUCUGGGAUGGGAAAGCACAACAAUGGGGGAACACUGUGAAUAUCUUUAUCCCCCCCAAAAAAACAAAGACGUUGAUGAUUGGGCUUAUUGUAGGUGGUGUAGUACUCGUAUUAUUGUUCGGAGGAGGGAGUGUCUACUACAUUCGAAAGAAAAAGAAUCGACUACGCCGUUUCGAGGAAGAAGACAGACUUGCCAAGGGAGCGGUACUCAAGAAUGAAGAUGAACUACAUAGUGAGCGCAGAAGCAAUCGGCUCAAUAAUGGUGGCAAUAAUAGCCCUGAUAUGAAGGAUAACCAUGGGUCUGGAUCGGGACCUGGCACAGUUAUUGCGACUAGUGCUAGUACUGAUGCCGGGACUGAUAGGAAUUACGAGCUUCCCCAGCAGCGGCCAGCCCCCGAGCAUUUUGAAAAUUAUGCCACAACAGGAAGAGGUGCGAGCUUGGAGCUCUAUAAUCAGAACCCUUACCAAAUACAAGCUCAUGCUCAUACUUAUGCUCAGUAUCCCUAUCAGGAACUUGGAGUGAUGAAUGAUGGUAUAGUGGCUCGACCUCUGACAACCCCGCGUCCGGUUCAUGCUCCUCAGGAAUAUCCUCUAGUCGACACGGAGACAGCAGCUACAACAACCUCAAAUUUUGUUCCUCCUACAUCCCGUUUUCAGUCUGUGGUUACCGUUGCAGGACAGCCAGUGUACGGCAAAACAUCGACUGACAAUGAUGUAGAGCAGCAGCAAACUGUCACUGUUGAAGGGCCUGAAGAUACUGACGUCAAUGGAGACCUUGUACAUCUACACAACCUACGAGCAAGCCUGGAUGGAUUCUCCGUUUCUUCUUUCUCUUCCUCUUCAACCGACUUGAACAACAACAACAAUAGAUCAAACCUGUUCCCAUCUCCGCGGGAUUCCUACCUUGGAAGUAGGGUGUAUUCCAACACAUCAUCCAUAUCUUUUGGCAGUGCAUUCCAGCCACACCAAUAUGGAAGCAGCUCUCAGGGCCAGAGUCCCUCCUAUAUGCCAUCACCAACUUAUUCAGCGACAUUCUCUGUGCCGGACUCUCUUCCUGGAAGUGAUACAAGUACACAUGUACAACAAUCACAUCAACAACGUCCGUUAAUGCGAUCUUCGGAGCUUUCUUUCCCUGGUGAUAGGAUGGAAAUAGCACCAUUACCAGGAAUUGACAUGUAUCAACAUCCUGCCACCACUGUUACUACUGCCGCCGUACCCUAUCCAAGGCUAGAGCCUCAAGGGUUGCUUAAUAUGACUCUUAAAGGCACAUCUGAAGCGAUACCCCUGUUACAGCCACCUUCACAACCUGCUCCGCCGGCACCUUUUCAAACAAGACCUUCGCCCUGA